AGGCACCCGCCACCCGGAAGGAGCUGACGCGAGCUGGGGCAGCGGCAGCCAUCGAGCUUUGCACUUCGGUCUCAGGGUGUAGGGUCGACUCCAAGCCUGGGAUUGCAUUCUCUCCAGUCGCAGACCCUAUAAGAUUUGGAUAUGUCCUUCAUAUUUGACUGGAUUUACAGUGGUUUCAGCAGUGUGCUACAGUUUUUAGGGUUAUAUAAGAAAACUGGUAAAUUGGUAUUUCUUGGAUUGGAUAAUGCAGGAAAAACAACAUUGCUGCACAUGCUAAAAGAUGACAGACUUGGACAACAUGUCCCAACAUUACAUCCCACCUCAGAAGAACUAACCAUUGCUGGAAUGACUUUUACAACUUUUGAUCUGGGUGGACACGUUCAAGCUCGAAGAGUGUGGAAAAACUACCUUCCUGCUAUCAAUGGCAUUGUAUUUCUGGUGGACUGUGCAGACCAUGAAAGGCUGUUAGAAUCAAAAGAAGAACUUGAUUCACUAAUGACAGAUGAAACUAUUGCUAAUGUGCCUAUACUGAUUCUUGGGAAUAAGAUUGACAGACCUGAAGCCAUCAGUGAAGAGAGGUUACGAGAGACGUUUGGUUUAUAUGGUCAGACAACAGGAAAGGGCAGUGUAUCUCUGAAAGAACUGAAUGCCCGACCCCUAGAAGUUUUCAUGUGCAGUGUGCUCAAAAGACAAGGUUAUGGAGAAGGCUUCCGCUGGAUGGCGCAGUACAUUGAUUAACAACAACCUGCCUGGUUUCCGGGUCUCAACAGUCAGGCCUACUCAGAGAUUUGACACUCAACGUGCAUAACUUGAAUUCAAUAGACUUUUGUUGGUUAUAAAGCAGAUGUUUUUUAGAUUAUUAAUAUUAUGUCAACUUAAUUUGAGUGAGAAUCGAAAACUGAUUCAAGUAAGUUUGAAUAUCACAAUGUUAGCUUUCUAAUUCCAUAAAAAUUAGUUUUUACAGUUGAUAAUCUGACGUCUUCCCAGCACCAUUUAUAAAAAGCAACUUUCCAGCAGUACGUUUGAAGCACUUUUUAACAACAUGAAACCACAUAUAUAGACCAUAUUUAAAAGCUCAUCAUGUUAAAUUUUGUAUGUACUUUUUGGAAGUAGUUUUUAAAUUUUAGAUUAUAUAUUCACCUAUCUUAAGUGUACAGUUAAUAAUGAGCUUAUCAAUUAUUGCAUGAUGCCUUACAGUUUUCAAUAAUAUUUUUUCUUAUGCAAACGUCAUGCAAUAAAACAAACUUUAAUGUUUGGCAUCCUUGUUGGACAAAUGUUUUAUUUGAAUGUGUCUUAUCUAGCUAGUAUAAUCUGAAAUUUGAGUAUUUAAUAUUAUACAUCUGAGGGGAUUGUUGAGAAAGGAAAUUUCUUUAGAGUGUUUAAUGUUUAAGCCCCUAGAGGCUAUUGCAUUUACCACGAGACAGUAUUUACUGUGAGACAGUUGUGGUUGGUUGUACCUGAUACCAUGUUUCUCUCUGAAUCAUGUGUAUUUUUAUCAAUAAUGCUAUUAUAACCAGUGCUGAUGGGGUCCGUGUCCUAGUCCCUGUAGUAUCAGCCUUUUGAAGAAAAGCACAUCUACAGUACACAAGGUUGACUCUCAGUUUGAUGGGCCCUAUAGUUGUAUCCCAGUUGUCUAAUUCUGAAGUGCUCCAGUCUUAUUGGUGUCCAGUUUAGUAAUCUGUGCCUCUUCACCGAAAGUACUGACAGGCACCAGUCUCUCCAUAUUUAGAGGUACUCCCCAGGGCAGGCAAUAAGUAGGAUUUUGGGGACAAUUUCACUGUAGAGACCUGCAUAUCUGAGGAAAAAGAAACAGCUUGUUCUGCUCCAGUCAUCACCGAGAUAGGCGGGGAUUUUGCUCCUAUCCAAUAGCUCAUUUGCAUUCUUUGGCAUAUUUUAUUUUCUGGUAGGAAGAAAACAAAUGUUUGUUUUUUAAAUUUCUUUUUUUUUUUUUUUUUUUUAGUUUUCAGCUAGCCCUUACUUUAUAGCACAAAGACUUUUGUUUUUAGAUAUAAUGCUUGCCAUGUGAUAGUGUCUGCAAGCCUUACUGCUAGACUUACUAAUCAUAUUUUAGUUAGUUCUUUAAAAGCCUUAUAAUUUCCUAAGAAAUUGAGUUCUUUUUUUCAUAUGUCAUCAUUAGUUAGAUAAGAUGAAAGGUAAGUGCAAAAAUGUAUUUUUAAAGACUCUCAAGCUUAAGAUUUCUCUUCUGAUUAUAAACCAAUUUUUAUAGCAUUUUUAACCAAUUCCAUUGAGAAUAGAUUGUUCCAAUUCCAUCAAGAAUAAUUUUAAUGCAAAGUUAGUGUUUUCUCUUGCCAUUGUCCAAGUCAGAGUUGUUAUAAUCCUUUUGUCAUCAGUAUGUAACCUAUGAAGCAGAUGAAGAUUGAGGAAUAUUACUGGAAGGAAUUAUCAGUUAGCUAAACUGACAAGGUCAUUUCCUAACAUACUUAGUUUUAGUAAUUUGGUUAAUCUGUCUCACUUGCAGUUGUUUUUUUAAGUGAGCUAAAUAAAAGAGCUUUUUUUUUUGGUAAAUAAAAGAGCUUCUUCCCUGCCUAGAAACAUCAGUAGCAGUAAGGGAAAAUGCCAUUGCAGCCUGUUGAUUUAUUUUGCCAGAUAGGUUUAAAGUACUCACUCCUAAAGUCCUAACUAAAUAGAACUAAGCCUUAUUAAAAGUAACUGCCUCUUGUUCGUGCAUCAGUCUUCAGUACCUUCAGGGACAUGUCUUUCUUCAAGAAUUUCCUAGAGUGUCCAUUGGAAUACUCGAGAAACUAAUUAUUUGUGCCAUAAACUGGUAUAAAGGAGCAAGCUUAUUGGUUUCUCUAGAGGGGAAAAGUGCUUCUUGAUACAGAAUAUCUUGCUCCACUUCUGACACUGGGAUCAAAGAAAUAAGUUGUUUCGUGGACCAUAAGAUUCUUAUGGCCCAAGCCUCUAGAAAUGAAGCUGCACUUAGCAGCAACCAGCUUUCCUACCAGCUCCAGGGGGCAGAGUUCCCCAGCCAGAGGAUUUACCAUCCACUUGGAGAAACCUUCCAGAGCACAUACACUGGGUGCUGGCUCACUGCUCCCUUUCAAGAGAAGCAAAUUAAGAGAAUGGCAAGAAACAGUAGAAGCACACGGGAAAGACAACUCUGCAUUUGCCUGUACAAGUGAAUGCUUCUGUGGAGUAUUGCCCAGGUAAAGAUUAGUAUCAGGGACAUAAGUUAAUUUUGUUUCCCACACUGUAAGAUGUCAAAGUAUAGUUGUUAACACUGUUGUAUACAAGUUAAGACUGGAUUCCAUACAAAUCAGGCACUUUUCAAAAGUUGUUUUAAAAUCUGAAGCCCAAAACUCUGAAAAUAUAAAGUCUCAGCCCACUUUUAUAUUUUAAAAGAGAUUCCUAUCCCACACCUGUUUUAAUGACUGCUUUUAAUUACACUUUUGGGUUAUAACUGGUUUAAGUUUAUCAAUGAAUUUUUAGAAUGGAGAUUAUAGCAUUUUUAAAUUGAGAACACGCAUUUCCUAAAGUAUAUGAAAAAUAUUCUUCACUGUUGGCUUAGUUGAACCAGUAUCUUUGUGUGAGUGCCAAAGAUGUUAUGUUCAGAUGUUGCCUGCAUAGACCUACAAUUUAGUUUUGUGUGCCUGCAUCCUUAUGCAAAUAUACUGUGGUUUACAAUGUAAAAGCGGAACACUGUUUCUUUUCCUUAGUUUUCAGCUGGCUCACACUUCUCUAUAGCACUUUCCAAUGAUUAGCCCCAUUCAAAAACCAUUUUCACAAGUUUCAUCAUUAAAAACAGUUUACGUCUAGUGAACAUGAUUUGAGAAUUUCAGGAGAAAGGUUUAUAUUUUCUGAAACUCUAUUUGGUUUGUGAUUCGAGGUAUUUCAGUCUUGUUAGUCACUUACAUGACUGAAGUUUGCAAGGAUUUUUAUUGCCAAGUAGAAUUUGACCAUAAUACUGAGAAUAGCUUAUAUAAAGGGAAAUCUCUCAAAGUUCCUUCUGUUCAUUUUAUUUUUUAUUUUGGGUUUUUGUGUGUGUGUGUGUGUGUGUGUGUGUGUGUGUGUGCGCGCGCGCGCGCAUCUGGCCGGUCCAGGGAUCAAACCCUGGACCUUGGUGUUGUCAGCACCAUGCUGUAACCAACUGAGCUAACCAGCUAGCCCUUCUGUUCAUUUUAUUUAGAGCUUAUUGUUUGGAUCAUUUUAAACAUAUGUAAAAAGUUGGUGAAGCUUCUAAAAAUAUUCAUGAAAGCAUGUGACAAUAUAGGUUAACAAAUGUAAAUGCCUACAUCAAGAGUUCAGAUCCCCAAACUGGCCAGCCACCAAAUAAAAAAAAAAAAAAAAAAGCAAAAUUAAUAGGGAAUAAAAAGUAGCCUAUAUUAAUAUAAAACCAGAGGUUUUGCUGUAAAUAUUAGAGUUCAGAAAAACAGUAUGCAUCAGUUAAGGACUACAUUAUCAAAGCUACAUGUCGAUGCUUCUGGUCACUUCCAUUAUCAUUACUAUCCUUUUGAAAUUCAAGUUAGUGCUUUAUGACCAAGAAAAGAAAAAAGAACAAGCUCUUGGAAUAUGUGACUGUGCCUCUUUGUAGAGUGAUUGAGAUUUUAUUAAAACCAUGUUUCACUCCUGAACCCUGUAACCAUUCCCUCUCACACAUCCCUACCCCACACCUGGAUUUAAAAAAUCACCUAAGGGGCAAGUCAGUUGUUCAGUUGGUUAGAAUGUGGUGCUGAUAACCCUAAAGUCCAGGGUUCAAUUCCUGUACCAGCCAGAUACCAAAAAUAAAUAAAUAAAAUAGGGCUGGCUGGUUAGCUCAGUUGGUUAAAGCACAGCCUUGUAACACCUAGGUCACAGGUUCAGAUCCCCAAACCAGCCAGCCACCAAAAAAAAAAAAAGAUUCCCAAGUGUGGUUAGAAUCUGCGGAGACUACUGAACAUGCGUUUCUGAACCAACUGAUUUUUAUCCUUGUAAUUUAGAACAUUAAGUAGUUAAUAUAGUUUAUGCCACUGAUUGAUUGUUUAGGAUUUUGACCACACUUUUAAAUAAAAUCCAAAAUAAUCAAAGUAAAGUAAGCGAGGUUAUCCAAAGCAAACUUUGUUUCAGGUGUGCCUCCAUCCCAAAUAGAUGUUAGGGCAGAAAUGGGAAAGUGAUUUAAUGCAGAAUUAUUUUUGGAAAAGCUGCACUGAAGUGGAUGGAUUCUUCUUCACCAUGCAUUUUACAUGGAGGAUUAGAUUUAAUUUUAGUUUUAAAUAUCUGGAGGUAAAAGGGGGUGACAGUUCUACAGUUUUUGACAUACAGGUUUUCUUCAGAAUUGUUCUUAUUAUCAAGUAUAAAGAUUCACGUCAGAAUGGCCAACUUCAUAUGGGUUUCUGUAUUCCCUGAUGCUGCUCCUAACCUGACCCUAUAACCAAUUUGCCAUUUUGAGGCAAGAAGCACUCAGGGUGAAUGUAGUCACGUUACUUUAAAAGUGUUUUCCACGUUGAGGCCUUCAGUAUUUGGCUGAGUGCAAAAUACAUUGAAGAGGUAGGUCAGUGAUAAGGUCAUCACUAACUUUGUUUGCACUUUUGUACACCACUGCUUGCAUUAGGAUCUUAGUGUGAAUUUUAAAUUGUUUUACAGUGUAUACAGAUUAAGUAUAAUUUAUAUAAAGAUGUUUCUGUUUACCUUUGUGUACUUUACAAAGAACAGCUAUAAUAGUUAAAUCGUUUUUAAUUAUGUUUGUAUGUUGAUUAUGUUCUAUUAUUUUUUCACCCCCUAUGAAUUGAGUGUCAGGAGUAGAAAAAUAAAAUGGUAAUCUGGUCUAUGAAGAA